UCCCAUCAGGAUCCGAGCUUUACUGGACUUUUGUUAGAAUAUAAGAUUAAGGAGGCGUAGCUUCAAGUCACCCUUCACAAACCACUUGAAGUCGAAGUAAAAUUGCUCAGGUGAGCUCGGCCGGGCCUAUCAACACUCCGCUUUCUCUAUACGAAGAUACUUUGUGCUUAUGAUCUGUACUACUACAUGUCGUUUCAUUGCUCUAAACUUGAUUAUAAACUGUCCAAAUACCAUCACGAUCUUUGUUAUACCACUCAUUAGCGAAGAUGGCCGCUAGUGCGAGCCUGUCUCAGCAAUUUCUCCAUGAAUACUCUGGCCACCAGCUAAUGGUUGUUGCCAUUACCUUCAUACCUAUCAAUAUUAUCUUCGUAUCUCUGCGGUUUUUGGCUCGAAGUUUGAAAAGGACAUCUUUAGGCCUCGAUGAUAUCCUCGUUAUACCCUCUUUGAUACUAUGUCUAACGUUGUCCAUCCUCGCAAUUUGUAAGUGAACUUACCCUUAUCCGUCAGAUAAUGGUGCCAAUCAAUGGGCUAACAUCACCGCCAAUUUCUAGGUAUCAUAAAGUUCGGAGGAGUGGGGUAUCACAUUGCAGGCCUUGCAGUUACAAACCCAGGCAAGAUCGUGGUUUGGAGCAAAUUGCUAUUCAGCACACCUUUGGUCUAUUGCUGGGCGGUUGCAUUCCCUAAACUUGCUAUCCUUGCAAUGUUUCUUCGUAUAUUCACCAAUGGGUUUUAUCGCAACACGGUCAUGGUUAUUGCCACCGUUUCCAUAGCCUUUGCUUUUGCUGUCUCACUUGUCAGCAUUUUCGGGUGUACACCUGUUUCAUACUUCUGGGAUAAAACGAUACCUAAUGGACACAACAACUUUAAUCAGAAAGAUUUCUACUUGUGGGCGACUUUACCAAAUAUCAUCACUGAUGUCAUCAUGCUCAUUCUUCCCCAACCGAUGAUUUGGAAAUUACACGCAACACGCUCAGUGAAACUCGGACUGAGUUUUACUUUUCUCACAGGCAGUGUGUAAGUAAAAUGAUAUCUUCAAAGCUCAAUACCUGUUAGCUAACAUAUAGAUCUGAUGCAGAGGGCUAGUUGCCUCAAUAUUACGCUUUUCGCAGUUCGCUCAGACCGACCCAUUUCAUGAUGGAACCUGGGCCUCGGUGUCCCUCGAGCAAUAUACGAUCAUGGAGCCUUCUAUGUAUUUGUUGGCGUCUUGUCUACCAUCAUGUAGACCAAUAUUUACACACCUGCAAUCUUCUUUAGCGACAAGAAAUUUAUCUGUGACCUCUUGGUCACUGGUGAGAAACUGGAAAGGUCGAUCAAGCAGCACGAGAGAUUCGCUCCAUUCCAAUCCUGCCGACAACACUUCGAGGACUGAACUGAGACAUCUCAAGUCUUCUACAAAAGUCAGCCAGUCUUCUUUCAAUAAGGGUGCAAGCCACACCAGGGUAUUUUCGAUUACGACAGAGGAAAACCCAGAAACCACCCAGGCAAGCAUCAAAAAUCACAGUAUUUUUCCCAGUCCUGACCAUCAUUCGUGGUACUAACCAAUCUUUUAGCGGUAAAUUCUAGUCCCCACAACAAGAUCCAAAUUACCAGAGACUUUGAAGUAUGUUCAGAUCUUCCAUAGAAGAGCGAUCUUGCUGGUGGUAUCGGUAGCAACACUUCUGAAUUGAAACUGUUGGUUUAUAUGUGCUGUGAGCGCCAAGUUCAUGUACAACAGGGACCCCCGGCCCUUUUUCUUAAUUAUUAAAUUCGAUUUUAUGUAGUAAAAUUGAUUCAGCUGUGUUUAGAAAUGACACUUUUGAAGCUGCAUCAGCACCAGCUGUAAUUGAACUAUCAACCCUAUUUUACCAGU